AUGGAUCCAUUCGCACUUGUGCUCCAGUUCCUUUGUCUCUGGGGCAUCUUGUAUGCAGUGGUGUUUGCAGCAAAGUUUUAUUGUACGACAAAGGAAUCAGGACGACGUAGAAAGAGCUCAACAAACGAUGGCAUCCUGCCCACAUUUUCAACCGAAGAAGCAGCCGAUCAGUGGUCAAUCAGCUUGUUCCAGAUCAAGUACACGACUCAAAAGUGCAACAAUCUCUUUCAACGCCUUGCCCAUGCUGCACCUCGUUUCUGGCAGAUUUGGUUCUCGAUUGGUACGAUCGUGGCUCUUGCUGUUAUGGCAGUGGGACUCGUGGUUAUUGCUUAUGCAGCUUGGCGGAUCAUUGCUGUUCUUUGGUAUGCGCUCAGGCCCACUACUACCACCGACACAUCCAAUGCAAUGAUAUCUUCACCGAAUCGAUUCGCAAAACGUGCGUUUGAACAAGAUGUCAACAACGAUGUUGCCAUGGUUGAUGAUGGUGGUGGUGAUAAUGGGGGACAAGUAUUUCAACCAAUGAUCCCCGGAAUUACGGUUCCAUUAUCACACCUUGGAUAUUACUUGUUGGCAUUACUCGUAUGUGGUGUAUUUCAUGAGGCAGGACAUGCAAUUGCAUCUUAUUGUCAACGCGUACGCAUCAAGAGUGCUGGUGUAUUCAUGUACUAUAUUUAUCCUGGUGCCUUUGUCAAUAUCCCAGAUCAAGCCCUUUCUCUUUUAUCUCCUUUCAAUCAGCUCAAGAUCAUUUGCGCAGGCGUAUGGCAUAACAUCGUAUUGUAUUUAUGGGUGCUCUUCUUCUUAUCAGGCGGUCUAAAGCUGUGUCUGCUACUUGUUGGAUGGCAAUCUUUGGAAGGAUUGGGAGGUGUCAGUGUUGUCAGCGUACGACAUGAUUCGCCUUUGGUCUAUCAUCUGCCGACAUCUUCGAUUGUAUACCAGUUGAAUGACUUUGUAUUGGACGAUAACAUUGCAAGUUGGAAUAACUAUUUACUUGACAGCGAGCAACGACAUGAACCCCAACAAGGCUUCUGUGCAUCAAAUACAACACGUUCCAAUGACACAACAUGUUGCGAUAUCGAUGACGAUUAUCCAUUUGGUCGAUCAUCCAACACAUCCAUCUCAUGUUUCCGGGAUUUCCAUCCUACUACUUCCGAGCCUGAAUGGACAUUAUGUUUACCCACUACGCAAGUAUUGGUAUCACAGGAUGCCAAACGUUGUUCCUCGAAUGCAGAUUGUCAAUCAACCGACCAAUGCGUUACGCCUCACACACCUUCGACUCGAGGACAAUUUGUUCGCGUAUACAUCAAGUCAUCCCCAUCGAAUAUCGAAAACAGUGGCGCAUUUGUAUUUGAAGGAGAAUUGGUGGAUAUUUGGGAGAGUGUCAAAGUUGGCAUCCUUCAUCCUCGCUUUUGGUUUCUCCCUGUUUGGAUACCCCACACUGUUGAGCUAUUCCUUAGAUACAUUUCAUCAUUCACGCUCGCUUUGGCACUCUUGAAUAUCUUGCCUGCUUUUCAAUUGGAUGGCGAGUUUGCUCUUGGCCAACUACUUGCGUUGGUGACACGACAUGGUCCACAAAGCCCACUUUCAACCGGACACACUACGCCCUCACAGCAUUAUACCCGUCGUAUUGUCAAAGUGACUUCAGCCGUGGUGGGAUUCGUUAUCAUUGGUAGCAUUCUGCUUGGUGUGGCACAACAAUGA